ACCAUUUUUCUUUUUGUAUCCAAAUUGGUGACACACUGCAGGAAUAUCUCAGCCAUGUUCAGCAAACAGCAAAGAAACUCUCAGUUUCUGACUUUAGUCUUAUGUCUGUUGAGCUCAUUUGCCUCAGGUCAGAUCAGGCUGGUUGGAUCUGGAUCGACUCGCUGCUCUGGAAGAGUUGAAGUCCUACACGAUGGAGUCUGGGGAACAGUCUGUCACGACAAGUGGAAUCUAAAUGAUGCAAAAGUGGUCUGUAGACAGUUGUCCUGUGGGACAGCUCUACAUGCCCCACGAUCAGCUCUUUUUGGUCAAGGAUCAGGCAAAAUCUGGCUGGAUGAUGUGGAGUGUUCAGGCAGUGAAAGCUCAUUGACACAGUGUGGUCACAACGGUUAUGGAAAACAUAACUGUAAUCAUGGUGAAGAUGCUGGUGUCAUCUGUUCAGAAAGUCUUGUAAAGCCCAGCAUCUCCAUGGAUCCUGUUGGAAAGGUCUCCUGGGGUCAGGAACUCAGAAUCACCUGUUCCACUGCAGCUGAACUUUUAGGAGAAACCUUUUUUCUCCAGAAGAUCUCAGGUUCCUUCAGACAGACACAAAUUUCUGCCAGCCGCACUGCAACCUUCACCAUCUCUAAAGUGAAUUUUGAUCAUGAUGGAUCGUACCAGUGUCACUACGAGAAAACUGUUUCUGGUCAAACGUUCACUUCACCUCUAAGCGACCUGCUUAGUAUCAAUAUUAGUGUGUACUACUUUAAGCCCAGACUCUCUGUGAGUUCUACUAAUGUUUCCUGGGGUCAGAAAUUUGGAUUCACUUGUUCAAUUCCAACUCAAGUCCUUGGUGGAACUUUCAUCCUGAUGAAUACUCAGAGUUCAUUUAAAGAGACUCAAACCUCAAGGAACAAUUCAGCCAACUUUGCAAUCUCCAAAGCUGACAUCGAAAAUGACGGGUCGUACCAGUGUCAGUAUCAGAAAAAAGGACCACAUCGAAAUUUCACUUCUCCAUUAAGCAACUCUGUCAGAGUUUCUGUAAACGAAUCUUUGCUGCUGCUGAUCUGUACAGUAUUUGGUGGAAUCCUGCUCCUGUUGCUCUUCGUCUUGUUCCUGGCCUAUCUCGUCCACAGGAGAAGAAAACCCAAACAGCCAGUGGUUCUUUUCCAGACUCAAAGGUUCACCAGAGAGGACAGAGGGAUUUGUGAGGCAGAUUAUGAAAAUUUUCUUGGAGAAGCCUUUCCAUCAAAACUAACGUACAAAGCAGAUGAAGACAAAGGACAUGAUUAUGGAGAUGAGACAAAUCUCUAUGAAGAAUUUAGUCCACCCUCUUUCAUAGAGAGUGCGAGUGCAAAGAGUGAAAAACAAACAGAGGAAAAAGAGGAGGAGAACAAAGAAACCAGCGAUGACGAAAACUACUGUAACAUUGUAACUUUGCCUGUCCAGUAAACUGCUCAGAUAUGGUUUAAUCUGGCUCUGAUUUAGGAUUUUCAGCUUUGUUUGGUUUGUUCCCAGAUCCAAGACUUUUGCUUAACCCUUUAACACCAAAGCUUUAGUUCCAGUGUUGACAUUCCAUGACUUACUGUGACUCUUUAACCAUUUAUGUAAACAUAAUGUUUUGAUCUGUGUGAGCAGUUGGGGCGUGGCUGACCUUUUCCCCGAUACCUCUCUACACUGCACACCUGAUCUUCAUUGCGUCACUGUCUUUAAACGCCUGAGCCUGUCACUGCUCCCUGCCGGAUUUAUUAUUAUUCAGUGGCUCUUAGCACCUGUCCUGUUUAUCGGUGUAGCUCCGGAAUUUCAGCAUCCUGUCUGAUUUAGUUUUUGUUCCUGAGGAAUAAAAUUGUCAACCUGCCA